UCGUAGGGAACGGAAAGUGUGACGGCGUGGGACGGGGAGGUCAUUGGAAAGUAAAGAGAAGGGGGUCUGGGCAAGUCAAGGGGUGUAAAUAGAGAAUAUUCCCCAAUUCGGUGUUAUAAAUCUUGAAUUUUGCUUCUUGCUUUGAUAAGAUUGCCUCCAAAGCUGGAAAGGGUUGUGCGAGAAGACUAAAAGGACGUUUUGUGGAAGGGUAUUAGCUCGCUAGCUAGCCAAAUUAGCAAACAUGCUACGCUUAGUUGUACGUAUGAGACAGUCUGCAACUGUCACUCGUUCGUGUAAAUCUCUGGCUCUACGAUCCGAGACAGCCCCUUGCCAACUGAAGAGAUACCACCACAGCAAAGGACCGAGUCGCAUUCGGCCGCUGAGCCGAGCAGCCGGUCUCCAGAUCCAGUUUAGCAGAGGUCGCGUCUUGCAUGACAACCAGAUUGUUAGCAGCUACCACCAGAGUCACCGCUGCUAUGCGCUUCCUCCACACCAAAAGGUGACGCUGCCCGCGCUGUCUCCCACAAUGCAGCUGGGCACCAUUGCACGCUGGGAGAAGAAGGAGGGAGAGAAGAUCAACGAGGGAGACCUGCUCGCUGAGGUGGAGACUGACAAGGCGACGGUGGGUUUCGAGAUACUGGAGGAGUGUUACCUGGCCAAGAUCCUCGUCCCGGAGGGCACCAGAGACGUGCCCCUUGGAUCCAUCAUCUGCAUCACAGUGGACACUGAGGAUGCGGUGGCUGCGUUUAAGGACUACACUCUGGAGAUGGCCUCUGCAGCCGCUCCGGCCGCCCCUGCAGCCGCCCCCACCCCCGCUGCUGCCCCCGCAGCCCCCGGCGCCUCAUACCCACCACACAUGAAGGUCACGUUGCCAGCCUUGUCCCCUACCAUGACCAUGGGCACAGUGCAACGCUGGGAGAAGAAGGUCGGAGAGAAGCUGAGCGAGGGAGACCUGCUGGCAGAGAUAGAGACGGACAAGGCCACCAUCGGUUUUGAGGUUCAGGAGGAGGGCUACCUGGCCAAGAUCAUGGUUCCGGGGGGGACGCGUGACGUUCCCCUGGGGACCCCGCUGGCCAUCAUCGUGGAGAACGAGGCCGACAUCAAGGCCUUCGCAGACUACGUGGAGACUGGCGUCACCUCCGCACCCACGCCACCCCCCGCACCCGCACCCGCUCCCACACCUGUUCCGGUGGCCGCCGCCCCCGCCGCUGCCCCUGCUGCCGCCCCAGUGAAGAAGGGAGGCCGGGUGUUCGCCAGCCCGCUGGCCAAGAAACUGGCAGCCGAGAAGGGCAUCGACAUAGAACAGGUGGCAGGCUCUGGUCCUGACGGUAGAGUCACCAAGAAGGAUAUUGAAACUUUUGUACCACCUGCUCCUGUGGCAGCUCCUGCCCCUGCUGCUCCUGUAGCUGCUCCUGCUCCUGCUGCUCCGGCCCCAGUGGCGCCCCCUACUGCCCCCGCCGGGACAUACACAGACAUCCCCAUCAGCAAUAUUCGCAAGGUGAUUGCUCAGAGGUUGCUGCAGUCUAAGCAGACCAUCCCUCACUACUACCUGUCAGUAGACGUCAACAUGGACAAGGUGCUGGGACUCAGGAAGGAACUCAACGAGGAGGCGAAGGCGGACAAUGUCAAGCUCUCUGUAAACGACUUCAUCAUCAAGGCCUCCGCGCUGGCCUGCCUCAAGGUUCCAGAAGCCAACUCCUCCUGGCUGGACACCGUUAUCCGCCAGAACCACGUGGUGGAUGUUAGUGUAGCGGUUAGCACUCCCACCGGUCUCAUCACUCCCAUAGUGUUCAACGCGCACAUCAAAGGCCUAGCGUCCAUUAGCAAAGAUGUCGGCACGUUAGCCGCUAAGGCUCGCGAGGGAAAACUCCAGCCACACGAGUUCCAGGGGGGCACGUUCACCAUCUCCAACCUGGGCAUGUUCGGGGUCAAGAACUUCUCGGCCAUCAUCAACCCUCCUCAGGCCUGCAUCCUGGCUGUAGGCGGCUCAGAGAAGAGGCUGCUGCCCGCAGACAACGAGAAAGGGUUUGACGUGGCCAGCAUGAUGUCUGUGACUCUGAGCUGUGACCACCGGGUGGUGGACGGUGCGGUGGGCGCCCAGUGGCUCGCCGAGUUCCGCAAGUUCCUGGAGAGGCCCGUCACCAUGCUGCUGUGAUCACCACCACGACCACGAUGACGGCGACAACGACCUUGUGUGACCUUCCCCGUGACCUCUCGCCCUCGCCCUCAGCCCAACGCCCCUUCAUAGACUUCUUUUUUCUCUCUCUCUCUCUCUCGCCAGCGAAAAAGCCUGAGCAAAGCCAGAGGGAAGAUGGAACGCUUUCUUCCUUACCCCAAAACCUGCCACGAGUUUUUCCGUGCUCACACACAUACCUGACACACACAUAUGCUGUAGCCAACCACCUGACACAUGUGCACACACACACACACAGACACACGGUCUUUCUCUGGUCUCCCUGAACAAUACAUUCUCAUCUCAUGACUUGGUGCUUGGGGAUUGUGAGUGGGUGGGCUGGGCUUAGCGCGCCCCACCUGUGUCUGGAGCAAAGAUUCUAGAAUCUAGCGUUCUAGAAUCUUAGAAUCUGUCGCUCUAGAAUCUUUGCUCUGCUGUGCUCUAUGGAGUCUGAUUCACGCACAUUACUAAGGUCAAGUAGAAUUAGUGCUUCAGCCUUGUCCCUUAUGUACUGUAUUCUAGGUCUAAUGUCAGACCCGUGUGUAUGUGUUUGUGUGUGUGCGAGUCGGACAGAGAAUAGAGAGAGAGGGAGGGUGUGUGUGUGUACUCAAAGUAGAAGGGAAAGGGGUUUUUUCAGCACUUGGGAUUCACUUGGGAACACUUUAAUCUUCUACUUAUGUUCUGUUUCUCCUAUGAAUCCUCAACCGUGGGUGUCCACCACAGCCCAGAGAUACGACAGGUCAGUGUACAUAUGGAACGAAAAAGUGGACUUUUAGAAAGCAUAAUCUCUCACAUACAGUACAGUACAACCCCUCGACCCCUCCCUAAACCUCACCUCCAUCCUAUCCCCAUCCUUACCAGGUGACUAGGAGUCAGGUCAUCCCAGCCAGAAUCACUCCAUCAAAAGCCACCCCCUUUGGAACCUAGAACACUUGUGCCACACAAACACACAUACUCAAACACACUCACACACACACGCUCAUAGUGGGGUCGCUGCCUCUUCAGCCAUGAUAGGAGUCCGUGUGUGUCUCGGUCACUGGCAACUCUUAUUUAUUUUAUUAUUGAUACUGUUUGUUUACCGGAUACAUAUUUCGGAUGGUGACAAAAGGGGAAUGUGGACUUUUCUGAAGAGAUGUUUUUUUUGUUUUUAUUUAAGAAAAGGAAAGAAAAAAACACAACAUUCAUAAGAACAAUCAUUGGGAGAUGUCUUUAAUUAUUCAAUGAUGUCACUGGUCAAGUGUACGUAAACCCCCCAAAGUUGAUUGGAAUGAAAGGGAAGAGGGGAGAACUGCAGUAAAAUAUGAAAUAAUAAUAAUUAUAAUUAUAAUAAAUAAACGCUCUCUGUCUUUAAUGUACUGUC